GAUCUCUCAUCUCGCAGCAGGGUUUAGUUUUACCCAAUUUUAUCUGAUUCCUCUUCACGAGAAAAGAUCACCUGCUCCUCACUGUCCCGGAUCACGCCGGUCUGGCUUCUCACACUCUCGCGCCGUUGUGUCGGUGCCGGUAAUUGUACCGUUUCUUUACGGAUGAAAAACACGCCGUUCUGGUCCAUGGGCAUCGUGUAAGGGAUUGCUGUGGCGUUGAGUGUUACCAUUGUGAAGUCUGAACAAAUUUCAUUCACCAAAAAAUUGACGUGUAGUGUGGCAAUUAGCAAAGCAGCAAAAUGAACAAGAGUUUUUGGAUGGCGAAGGGUGAUGGACAUAUAACUGAUGCAGGCUCAGCAUUUGAUAGUUCAUCCAUAAUUGAACAAAAACGGGCUCAUCAGUGGUUUGGGAAUGCUGCGGAGUCGGAGCUGUUUCCGAACAAGAAGCAAGCAAUACAAACUCCAAAUAACAAAUCAAGUUUGGGAAUUUCUACCGCGAAUUUUGGAUCUUGGCAUUCUGGUUUCCAAUCUGCCCCAAACCAACUCAUCGACCGCUUGUUUGGGUCUGAAACAUCUGUAAAUUUUGCUGAAGGGAAUGUAUCUCCUGUUGGAAUGAAUGACUCGAGAAUAGGAAGAAAGAGUAUUGAUGACCACUUUGAUGACGCGUCGAUUGAUUUAUCGAUAUCGCAGGCUAUUGAAGAUUCGGCAACAUGUCUAAGCUACGGUGGUUUCAGAAAAGCAAAAAUCAGUCCAAUUAGGGAUUCUGAUAAUGGUAUGGCUACUCAAAAGAAACACAGUUUCAAUAGGGAAAGGUGCAGUGACAUCUCUGCAGUUCAGGCAUUUAGCAGGGAAAAUGAAAGUGAUUUUAUAUCUAUGUCUCAGGCCUAUGAUAAGGGGGAUGACAAUAUUACAUUAAUGGGCCAUCUCUACAAUAGAGGGGACACCCAUAUUGGUUUGGCAGGUUCUGCAUAUGUCAAGGGAGAUGAAAAUGUCAUAUCAAUUGUGGACACUUUUAGUAAGGGGGAUGCAAAUAUGAUAUCAUUUGGAGGAUUUCACGAUGAACAUGAUAUUAUGCAUGUGGGCAGGCCCAUCAGUGGGUAUGACCCAUCAUAUAAUCAUUCUUCGGGUCAAACAUCAGAUGCACCUGCACGAGGUGAGAAAGAGUUCGAUGCAUCAAAUGUAAAUGCAGUUAUAGAUGCUACCCCAAUAGCAAAACCAAGACCUGAAUCUGCUUCCAAAAGUAAGCCAGAGUUUAAAACAACAAAAAAAGAGGCUCCAAAUAGCUUCCCUUCAAAUGUCAGAAGUUUGAUUUCAACUGGUAUGCUUGAUGGAGUGCCUGUAAAGUACAUAUCCUUAUCGAGGGAGGAGCUUCGCGGAGUUAUAAAAGGUUCUGGCUAUCUUUGUGGAUGUCAAUCAUGUAACUAUUCAAAGGUGCUUAAUGCAUAUGAGUUCGAGCGGCAUGCUACUUGCAAGACAAAACACCCAAACAAUCAUAUAUACUUUGAAAAUGGGAAAACUAUCUAUCAGAUUGUACAAGAGUUAAGGAGCACACCUGAAAGCUUGUUGUUUGAUACAAUUCAAACUGUGUUUGGUGCACCAAUCAAUCAGAAAGCCUUUCGUAUCUGGAAAGAAUCUUUUCAGGCUGCUACUCGAGAGCUUCAGCGUAUAUAUGGGAAGGAAGAACUAAACUUAUAGGGCUAUCCUGAAGUGUAGAAUGGUAUCUGUGUGCAUAUAAAUAAGUUUUAAUUAAUCUGGUAAUUCCUGUAAAAUGUAGGAAUAGCCACUUGGAAGGCUGAGAAAGUGCUGUUGUAAAUUUGUAGCUGUAUUUAUGGUCAAGUGAAGUCAGGUUCUUUUUGCAGAUGUAUAAUUUUUACUUAGCAAACAGUAGGCGAGAUGCCUUGUUAUUGGGGUGCAUUCCUAUCAUUGUUGUUCAUGUUUGUGACUGAAACCCUCUGUUGGAA